GGAGGAUUAUGAGCCAUGAGGCGGCUGCGGCGCUGGGCGUUCGCGGCGCUGCUGCUGCUGCUGCCGCUGCUCUCCCCGCCCGGUCUUGGGAUCCGGGGACCUGCCGGAGCUCUGCGCUGGCGGGUCUCACCCCACUUGGGAGUCCUGGAAGCCCCGGAGGUCACAGAACCCAGCCGUCUGGUGGGGAAGAGCUCUGGGGGAGAGGUCCGAAAGCAGCAGUUGGACACCAGGGUCCGCCAGGAGCCACCAGGUGGCCCGCCUGUUCACCUGGCCCAGGUGAGUUUCGUCAUCCCAGCCUUCAACUCAAACUUCACUCUGGACCUGGAGCUGAACCAUCACCUCCUCUCCUCGCAGUACGUGGAGCGCCAUUUCAGCCGGGAGGGGACAACCCGGCACAGCACCGGGGCCGGAGACCACUGCUACUACCAAGGGCAGCUCCGGGGGAAUCCCCGCUCCUUUGCCGCCCUCUCCACCUGCCAGGGGCUGCAUGGGGUCUUCUCUGACGGGAACUUCACCUAUGUCGUGGAGCCCCGAGAGAUGGCCGGGCCUCGGGAAGCCCCCCAGGGACCCCUUCCCCACCUCAUUUACCGGACCCCUCUCCUCCCAGUCCCCCUCGGAUGCAGGGAACCAGGCUGCCUGUUCACUGCCCCUGCCCAUUCUGCUCCUCCGAACCGGCCGAGGCUGAGAAGGAAAAGGCAGGUCCGCCGGGGCCACCCUACAGUGCACAGUGAGACCAAGUAUGUGGAGCUGAUCGUGAUCAAUGACCACCAGCUGUUUGAGCAGAUGCGACAGUCGGUGGUCCUCACCAGCAACUUUGCCAAGUCUGUGGUGAACCUGGCGGAUGUGAUGUACAAGGAGCAGCUCAAUACCCGCAUCGUGCUGGUUGCCAUGGAAACGUGGGCAGAUGGGGACAAGAUCCAGGUGCAGGAUGACCUCCUGGAGACCCUGGCUCGGCUCAUGGUCUACCGGCGGGAGGGCCUGCCUGAGCCCAGUGAUGCCACCCACCUCUUCUCGGGCAGGACCUUCCAGAGCACCAGUAGUGGAGCUGCCUAUGUGGGGGGCAUCUGCUCACUGUCCAGGGGUGGGGGUGUGAAUGAGUAUGACAACAUGGGGGCCAUGGCAGUGACCCUGGCUCAGACGCUGGGGCAGAACCUGGGCAUGAUGUGGAAUAAACACCGGAGCUCAGCAGGGGACUGCAAGUGUCCGGACAACUGGCUGGGCUGCAUCAUGGAGGACACUGGGUUCUACCUGCCCCGCAAGUUCUCGCGCUGCAGCAUCGACGAGUACAAUCAGUUUCUGCAGGAGGGCGGCGGGAGCUGCCUCUUCAACAAGCCCCUCAAGCUCCUGGACCCGCCUGAGUGCGGGAACGGCUUCGUGGAGGCGGGGGAGGAGUGCGACUGCGGCUCGGUGCAAGAGUGCAGCCGCGCAGGCGGGAACUGUUGCAAGAAAUGCACCCUGACCCACGACGCCAUGUGCAGUGACGGGCUCUGCUGUCGCCGCUGCAAGUACGAGCCGCGAGGCGUGUCCUGUCGAGAGGCGGUGAACGAGUGCGACAUCGCGGAGACCUGCACCGGGGACUCGAGCCAGUGUCCCCCUAACCUGCACAAGCUGGACGGUUACUACUGUGAUCAUGAACAGGGCCGCUGCUAUGGAGGUCGCUGCAAAACCCGGGACCGGCAAUGCCAAGCCCUUUGGGGCCAUGCGGCUGCUGAUCGCUUCUGCUAUGAGAAGCUGAAUGUGGAGGGGACAGAGCGUGGGAACUGUGGGCGCAAGGGGUCAGGCUGGGUCCAGUGCAAUAAACAGGACGUGCUCUGUGGCUUUCUCCUCUGCGUCAACAUCUCUGGAACUCCUCGGCUGGGGGACCUAGGAGGGGACAUCAGCAGUAUCACCUUCUACCACCAGGGCAAGGAGCUGGACUGCAGGGGUGGCCACGUGCAGCUGGCCGAUGGCUCAGACCUGAGCUAUGUGGAGGACGGCACAGCCUGCGGGCCCAACAUGCUGUGCCUGGAUCAUCGCUGCCUGCCAGCCUCUGCCUUCAACUUCAGCACCUGCCCAGGCAGCGGGGAGCGCCGCAUCUGCUCCCACCACGGGGUCUGCAGCAAUGAAGGGAAGUGCAUCUGUCAGCCAGACUGGACAGGCAAAGACUGCAGUAUCCACAACCCCCUGCCCACGUCUCUGCCCACGGGGGAGACCGAGAGAUAUAAGGGUCCCAGCGGCACCAACAUCAUCAUUGGCUCCAUCGCCGGGGCUGUCCUGGUUGCAGCCAUCGUCCUAGGUGGCACGGGCUGGGGAUUUAAAAACAUCCGCCGAGGAAGGUAUGACCCGACCCAGCAGGGGGCAGUGUGACGCCGGCCACGUCAUCCCUCCCGCUGUCCCUGUCUCCUCCAUCUCAUUCGUCACCUCGCAUUCUGUUGAUGGGAAGCUGGGGGCUGAUUCCCCACCCCCGCUGUCACUGCUGUCACUACAGGGGUGGGAGAAUCCACUCUGGGAAGAAAGUUCUUAGCCUGCCCUUGCCCCUUUCUCUAGCCGCCCAUCUCCUCAGGCCUGGUCCAUUUAAUCCUGCCCUGCUUAUGGCCAGACUACCCCUGGCCAGGCGGACCCUGGAGCUGUGCACACUGCAGCCCCUGACCCCUGGGAAGAGAGCCUACUUCUGUGUCCCAUCUGUUUUGUCUUCCAUGUCACCACUGUCUCACCUCCUACCAGAUCCCCUCCCUGGCCAGCCUGUGACUUGCCACCUCCACGGCCCAGCCCUGACCUCCCAGGGCCCGGCUCAGGGGCUAUCCCUCUGGGCCCUGCCUCAUAUCCUCCCUUGAUGCCCCCUCUCCAUUCCAGGUCUGGAGGGGCCUAAGUGCCACCCCCCUCCAUCCAAGCCUGACACCCACCGUCUCCACCCUGAACCACGAGGCUGCCCCUGCCCAGCCAUGGAGGGAGGCACCAUGCAAAUGUCUUCCAGGCUCAAGCCCUUCAAGUCCUGGCCCCACAGGGCUUUGGGUG